AUAAAAAAGGGAAAUAACUUCCAACGGAAUAAAUUGAGGAGCCUCCAAGUUCGGAACCGAAGGAAAGGCGAGAGGCAGAGAGAGAGCGGCCAUGGAUGAGGUUAGGGCAAGUUCUGUUUGGGUAGCGACUCGCUCUUCUCAUGUCACUGUUGACUCCUCAGGGAUUGAGAAGGUUGUCGAGGAUAUCAAUGGUUCGAUCCCUAAAGUGGAGUGGGAUUAUGAAGGGAUUCACUACUUUGAUAACGGCCCGCUCACUGUUCAGUACCUCUUUGUCUUGGACGCUUUGAAUUUCUGCUUCUGGCCUGAUGAGGAUUUGAAUUACGAUCAUUUGGCGUUGGGCCUGAAGAUUGCUUUGCAGAAUGACAAAUCCGCGUUUGAUGCUGAUCGUCUCCAAAAGUACACUGGUUGUGAAUUACGUGAGCUAUUGAAAUGGCCAAGACCACUUCCUUUGGAGGAUGAACGAGUACGCUUGCUUCAUGAGGUUGGGCAGGAACUGGAACGAAGCUUUGGGGGCAAAGCGUCCAAUAUUGUGGAAUCCUGUGGAAAAUCAGCUGCACAGCUUGUUGCUCUUGUGACACGUCAUUUCCCGGGUUUCCGGGAUCACUCACUGUAUAAGGGCAGGCAGGUAUUCUUAUAUAAAAGAGCACAGAUAUUUUCUGCAGAUUUAUGGGGUGCAUUCAAAGGCCAGAGUUAUGGAGAAUUUUAUGAUAUUGGUUCAAUUACUAUGUUUGCGGAUUAUAUUGUGCCUGCCGUUCUUCAGCAGCUUGGUGUGCUUAAAUAUAGUUCAAGCCUUGCCAGCACCAUUGAGGCUAGUAGUGAAAUAGUUCCUGGCAGUGAAGAGGAGGUUGAACUACGAGCCUGCUCUGUAUAUGCUGUGGAGAAAAUGAGGGAGUUGCUCAAUAUAAAAUCAGGAAAGCAGGUAUUGAGUGUGGAGUUGGACCUUUGGCUUUGGUCUGUUGGUGUUCAAUGCAAAUCUCUCCAACAUCAUCGUACUCUCUCAAUAUAUUACUGAGUGGAGCGUAUGCUGCAGUUGCCUUCUUAUUGUUUAUCUCCCAAGGAGGGAGCUUUGGCUCAGAAGAAGGUAAUCACAGAGGAGAAUUGAGAAAUUAGACGUGACAUUCUUCUUCGUGCACCCACCUUGAAAAGCUAUAUUUUUAUACUUUUCACAACUAUAGCUAGGAUUAUAAAAAUCGGUCAAUAUUUAGUUAGUAGAUGAAAUAUUUUAUCCAGCAAAUGACUGUAGUCAACCAUCCAUUUAUCCUUUUCGUUAGUUGCAUGAACAUCUAGGAACUGAUGGCUCUGUAGUCACCUAGCAAAUAGAACUAAGGUUUCUUUGAUAAUUAGAUCACGUUCCAUGGGAAGAAAACAUUUGCUUCCUUAAAAUACUUAUAGUCUCUUAAAUUUAGAAUAUGGACAUGGAUUUGCUAAGAUUUACAGCUUAUACUGUAUGUUAAGCAACCGUUCAAGUUUGUUCUUUGGAACCCAUGGAUAAAUUUCGAAGUAAUUGCUUAUUUUUUGUUGAUAUCACCUCCGAAGUAUGGGAUUUAAAUCUUAAAUUCAUUGAGGACAACUUAAUUGUGCUGGCCUAAUUCUGAUUAGGUAGUUCUGCCAAGCUAAUAAGAUCAAGUUAGUGAAUUAACAAUUAACCAACUGCAGGUUACCCUCAUUACAGGAACGGUUUUUCUUUCUGAAUACAAUUAAUAAUGUCUUUUUGCAUAUCUAGAUCCCUUCUAAUAAUGAAGCAUGGCAUGCUAUAAUGCUGGACAAACUAUUCAAUGAAGCACUAAUUUUUUGCGUAACGGUUGAAAAAUUUUAAACCUUCUCUAGAGUCGUAACUCCAUCCUUGAUGGUAAUUGUGCUUGGCUAUACCUUCAAAAGAGGUUAAGCAAGAUCAUUCCAUAUAUAUCAUUACAUUGGGCGGGCACUGGCUGAAAUAUAAC